AUGGCCUUUCGGCAGCCAUUGAAUAAGCUCCCGGAGAGCAUCGCCCGAACUCUUUCGAAGAAUGGGCUAUCCCAAGGCACAACCUCAUUCUCCCGCAGCGGCCGGAUACCUGCGCAAGCUCGGCUUCUAGCCACCCAUGCACCGCCCGUGACGCAAGACUCGACCGGGUCCAAAGGCCCCACGGCCAUGGUAUUCCUCAACAUGGGUGGCCCCUCCACAACCAACGAGGCGGACGGUGAUUUGAUUCCACUCGGACGCCUCCAAAGCUAUCUGGGACCUCUAAUCUCGAGGCGGCGGACACCCAAGAUCCAGAAGCAGUACGCCGCGAUCGGUGGUGGAUCGCCAAUCCGCCGAUGGUCCGAGUAUCAAAAUGCCGAAAUGUGCAAGAUUCUCGACAAGAUAUCUCCCGAGACCGCCCCCACAAGCCCUACGUCGCCUUCCGGCCUAGUUGAGGCGUUUGCGCAAAAUAUACAGGCCAAGCUCGCGGAAUAUCCUGAGGAGACCCGCAAGGACGUGAUCCUCUUGUUCUCGGCCCACAGUCUCCCAAUGUCGGUUGUCAACCGAGGCGAUCCAUAUCCCGCCGAGGUUGCGGCCACUGUCUACUCGGUCAUGCAGCGCCUCAAUUUCUCUAACCCUUACCGCUUGUGCUGGCAAUCUCAAGUCGGCCCCAAGGCCUGGCUCGGGCCCCAAACGGCAACCACCGUAGAAGAAUACGUUGAAAAGGGAAAGAAGGAUCUCAUUCUGAUACCCGUCGCCUUCACUUCCGACCAUAUAGAAACACUCUAUGAGCUCGAUCUCGAGGUCAUCGCCGACUCCGGUAGCCCCGAGACCGUCAAGCGUGUUGAAAGUCUGAACGGCAGCCCCACUUUCAUCAAGGGUCUUGCGGAUAUUGCGAAGGACCACUUGCAAAGCAAUGAGCUAACCAACCCCAACUGCACACCAAAACCCUUCGAAAAAUCGAAAAAGGCCCAGCUGUGGACUGAAAAAUAUCGAGCCCGAAAAUUCACAGAUCUAUGCGGUGACGACGGCACAAACCGCCAGGUGCUGAGGUGGAUAAAGAAAUGGGACCCCAUGGUAUUCCCAGGAACAGUCCAGCAAAAACCAAAGAAGAAGUUUGGUGAUCAGGAAGCCGAGCCGGAGAAAAUGUAUAAAAAGAUCCUGUUGCUGACGGGCCCACCCGGACUGGGUAAGACGACGCUCGCCCAUGUUUGCGCAAAACAGGCCGGCUACGAAGUUGUUGAAAUCAACGCAAGCGAUGACAGAAGCAGGAACGUGGUUCACAACCGAAUUCGAACAAGUCUUGGGACUGAGAACGUAAAAACGGUCACAAAUAGCGCGCGACCCGGAGACAAGCCACUCAGGCCUGCCCGGCCUGUCUGUGUCAUUGUCGAUGAAGUGGAUGGUGUCACAACUGGGUCAGGAGCCUCGGGAGAAGGUGGCUUCAUCAAGGCCCUAGUGGAUCUCGUGCUUAUUGAUCAAAAGAACGCUGCUUCGGUGGAUAAGGGGACGCCGUUGCCAGCAUCGAACUUGGCCGAGAUUAUUUAUUCUGGACGGCCCUCUAUCGAUGCUGUCGUAGGUCGCCUCACCUUGGUCUUCGAGAAAGAGGGUAUCCCUUGCGAGAAAGACGCCGCUCGAAAGCUGUGUGAAGCUGCCUGGGGCAUGUCUAGCGGCAUCGACAAUAAACGGGGCGCGGAAAGCACCGUGCAAGGCGAUCUACGAGGAGUCAUGGUCGUAGGCGAGUGGGUGGCGGGCAAGUUCAAGGCCGCAUCCGACAAGGCCCCCAAAUUGACAAGGCACUGGGUUGAGAAGCAUGUCAUACAGGAUCUGGGGAAUGGUGGCGCGGGUGCUAGAGGGAUGGGCCGCGGCGGCGUCAAGGACAUCGUAACAAGGGUCUUCCAAGAAGGGGCCGGCGGGAUGGCGAUGCUGCAGCACAUGGUGGAAACCAGCGGCGACAUUGACCGCGUGAUGACGGAUAUCAUAUCCGAGUACCCUAACCACGAGUUCAACGACGACUGCUAUCUCAGCAAACCGAACGAAGCCUAUGACUGGUUGCAUUUCAUGGAUGCCUGCUCGACGAGAUUUCCCGAAGACUUGGCGACGGAAUUUGUGCCAUACCUUGUGCGGAUGAUCUCGCCUGCUGUCAAUCCCGUAAUUGUUGGGAGCGGAGGCCCCAAGGGCACAAGCACCGCAAGUGUCCGCAAGGAUACGGAGAAGAAGAUGGUGCACCGCGCCGCCGAGGUGAUGGCGGAGGCGGGUAUAGCACUGCACAAGGGCCGGCUAGAUGCUGAACCUAUCCCAGGCCGUGGGCCCCAAUUUGUCUACCGACUAGAACCUGAUUUGGAUGAACUCGCCGAUUUCGAGACGCUUUCACGUACAAACUUGGGCUCUCAAGCGCCUACCCGAAGCAGUGCGGCGAGCGAGGUUCCAAGGCGAGGACGAGCCAGUGGUGGCGCCACAGGCCCCGCGGUGGCUCCUCGGGCACCAGUCACAAGCGCGAAUGACCAGGAGAACAUUGAUGCAGCAUCUGCACCCGCCGCCAAGGUGAGACGCGACUUCUUUGGGCGGGUGAUCAAGGACACGGCAGUGUUGAGGGAGAGGGACCGUAACCGUGGAAGCGCGCCAUCGCGGGACAAGGUCAAGGUGUGGGUCAAGUAUAACGAAGGACUCAACAAUGCAGUGAGGAGACCUAUCACAUUGAAUGAUUUCAUGAAGAUUUUGUAG